AUGGUUCGAAUCGACGUUGAAAAGGCGAUUGAAGAACUGACUCUUGGAGAGAAGGUAGCUCUUACAGCUGGUAAGGAUUUUUGGCACACUGCCUCUAUUCCGCGUCUCAACAUCCCCGCACUGCGCAUGUCCGAUGGACCUAAUGGCGUCCGCGGCACACGAUUCUUCAAUGGUAUCCCAGCAGCAUGCUUCCCCUGCGCAACAGCGCUAGGUGCCACUUGGGAUGCCGAACUUCUCUCCCAGGUCGGCGCAUUGAUGGGCGAAGAAGCAAUCGCAAAAGGCACACACGUCGUGCUCGGUCCCACAAUUAAUAUCCAACGGUCACCGCUCGGUGGACGUGGCUUCGAGUCAUUUUCCGAGGACGGUGUGCUCUCUGGUACAUUGGCGGGCCAUUUCUGCAAGGCGAUGCAAGAAAAGGGCGUUGCUGCGACCCUGAAACACUUUGUCUGCAAUGACCAGGAGCACGAGCGCAUGGCGGUUAGUAGUAUUCUUACAAACCGGGCGUUGCGUGAGAUCUAUUUGAUGCCGUUUCAGUUGGCGAUGCGUAUUUGUCGCUCGAAGUGUGUGAUGACGGCUUAUAACAAGAUUAACGGCACUCAUGUCAGUGAGAACAAGGCUAUUAUUGAUGAUAUCUUGCGUAAGGAGUGGGGUUGGGAAGGACUUGUUAUGAGUGACUGGUUUGGUACAUACAGUACCUCUGAUGCUAUCGUUGCCGGGCUCGACAUCGAGAUGCCUGGUCAGACCCGCUGGAGAGGCCAGGCUCUUGCGCACGCCGUCUCGUCAAACAAGGUUGCCCAGUACCAACUUGACGAGCGUGUGCGCAACGUGCUUAACCUUGUCAACUGGGUUGAGCCUCUUGGAAUCCCCGAGGAAGCACCCGAGAAGGCACUCAACCGACCAGAAGACCAAGCUCUGAUGCGACGUGCUGCGGCUGAGUCUGUUGUACUUAUGAAAAACGAGGGCGAUAUUCUUCCCCUCAAGAAGGAUGGGUCCUUGUUAGUCAUUGGACCCAAUGCUAGAAUUGCCGCUUAUUGUGGUGGGGGCUCCGCAUCGUUGGCCCCAUACUAUACCGUCAGUCCAUUCCAGGGCGUCUCUGCCAAAAGCAAGGGAGACGUCACGUUCAGCCAGGGCGCGUAUUCACACAAAGAGCUGCCGCUUCUUGGGCCACUGCUUAAGACUGCAGAUGGCAAGCCCGGCUUCACCUUCAAGGUUUACAAUGAACAUCCAAACUCGGGCGAGGACCGACAGGUCGUGGAUGAGUUGCAUCUGCUCGACUCAUCUGGCUUCUUGAUGGACUACAUUAACCCAAAGAUCAAAUCCAUGACCUACUAUGUUGACAUGGAGGGAUCGUUCACCCCCGAGGAGAGCGGAGUGUAUGACUUCGGCGUCACAGUCGUUGGGACAGGACGCCUCCUCAUCGAUGACGAGGUGGUUGUCGACAACACCAAAAAUCAGAAGCAAGGUUCCGCCUUCUUUGGUACAGCCACUAUUGAAGAGCGCGGUACGAAAGAACUCAAGGCCGGCCAGACCUACAAAGUCCUGUUCCAGUUCGGCAGCGCACCCACUUCAGAUCUGGACACUCGUGGAAUUGUCGCAUUUGGUCCAGGCGGCUUCCGCUUCGGCGCCAGCAGACAGGUCGACCAAGAAGACUUGAUCGCCCACGCAGUUGAACAAGCCAAAACAGCAGAGCAAGUCGUCAUCUUUGCCGGUUUGACUCUCGAAUGGGAGACCGAGGGCCACGACCGCGAACACAUGGACCUACCUCCUGGCAGCGAUGAGCUUAUUAGCCGCGUGCUGGAUGUGAACCCCAAUGCAGUCGUAGUCCUUCAGUCCGGCACACCGGUCACAAUGCCAUGGGAACACAAGGCCAAGGCCCUCGUGCAAGCUUGGUUCGGGGGCAACGAAUGCGGCAACGGCAUCGCGGACGUCCUCUAUGGCGACGUCAACCCCUCCGCCAAACUUCCCAUCACCUUUCCCCGCCGUUUGCAAGAUAACCCCUCAUACCUGAACUUCCGCUCCGAGCGCGGUCGCGUCCUCUAUGGUGAAGACAUCUAUGUCGGUUACCGGUAUUUCGAGAAGAGCGACGUUUCUCCCGGCUUCAGUUUCGGCCACGGGUUAUCAUACACGACUUUCUCGCGCUCAGACCUGCGCAUCGAGACUGUUCCUGAGCAGACCAAGUAUGCCGAGUCCGGUGAGCCAAUCACUGCUUCGGUCACUGUCUCCAACACUGGUUCCGUGGCCGGUGCCGAGGUUGUUCAGCUGUGGGUUCUGCCCCCGAAGACAGAUGUCGGACGGCCUGUGCGCGAGUUGAAGGCAUUCCAGAAGGUCUUCCUGCACCCCGGUGAGACAAAGACCGUGCAGUUGGUUGUGGAGAAGAAGCUAGCGUCGAGCUGGUGGGACGAGGAACGAGAUCAGUGGAUUUCCGAGAAAGGGAAAUACCAAAUUCUUGUUACCGGCACUGGACCGGAGGAGCUCCGCGGUGAAUUUGAGGUUGGCAAAACGAGGUUCUGGCUGGGUCUGUAG